UCCAACUGAACUAGAAAGAAGAUCAACGACUCUCGCUUCGGUGCUUCCAAUCGUCUUCAUCUUCAACCUUCCCCAACCUAAUAGAAACAUAUACAUGCAUAUAUAGGGAGAGAAAACAAGAAAUAUGAGUAUAUCCAGAGAGAGAAGACUAUUCUAAUUCAUCAGUUUUUCAUUAUGACAUCUCUCAAUUAAGCACCUAGGGUUCUCCGCCACUUCAUCUACUCUGUGCACAGUCGAAUUCUACACUGUUCUUCAAUGGCUGUAGACGAAGAUGCCGAACAAGAAUACGUGUCUCAGAAGAAGAAAACCGCUUCUGAUGACGAUAAAAGGAAGAAGAAGCUUGUGCCUGGAGCUUUGAUGAAAGCUGUGGUUAGGCCUGGUGGUGGCGAUUCGACACCCGCCGAUGGUGAUCAGGUCGUGUUUCAUUGCACGGUUCGGACUCUGGAUGGAGUUGUUGUUCAGUCUACAAGAUCAGAAUUUGGAGGCAAUGGUACCCCAAUAAGGCUUGUUUUGGGGAAAAGCAAAAUGAUACUGGGACUGCUAGAAGGGAUUCCCACAAUGCAGAAGGGUGAAAUUGCAAUGCUCAAGAUGAAACCUGAACUGCACUAUGGUGAGGAAGAUUGCCCUGUUCCAGUUUCUGAUAGCUUUCCAAAGGAUGCUGAACUUCAUUUUGAGAUUGAGCUGAUAGAUUUUUCUAAAGUCAAGGUCAUCAGUGAAGAUUUGGGAGUUGUGAAGAAGGUAAUAAAAGAAGGGAAGGGUUGGGAGUCACCGAGGGAACCUUAUGAAGUAAAAGCUUGGAUUUCUGCAAAGACGGGGGAUGGAAAAUUGAUUCUAUCACUUACUCAAGAAGAACCGUUUUUCUUUACUUUUGGAAAGUCUGAGGUACCUAAAGGUCUUGAGAUGGGAAUAGGAACAAUGUCACGGGGAGAGAAGGCAUUAAUUUACGUUGCCAACAAAUACUUCACUGAGUCUCCUUUCAUGCCUACAGUAGAAGGUAUUGAAGAGGUUCAUUUUGAAGUGGAGCUGGUUCACUUUAUUCAGGUGCGGGACAUGCUUGGAGAUGGGCGUCUAAUAAAACGUCGUAUUCGUGAUGGAAGAGGUGAAUUUCCUAUGGAUUGCCCCCUUCAUGACAGUCUACUACGUGUCCAUUACAAAGGCAUGCUUCUUAAUGAGGAAAAGACGGUCUUCUAUGAUACAAAAUUUGAUAAUGGUGGUCAGCCUUUGGAAUUCAGCUCUGGAGAAGGACUCGUGCCUGAAGGACUUGAGAUGUGUGUUCGUUUGAUGUUGCCUGGAGAAAUAGCUCUUGUAACAUGCCCCCCUGAUUAUGCAUAUGACAAAUUUCCAAGGCCUGCUAAUGUUUCUGAAGGUGCUCAUGUUCAAUGGGAGAUUGAACUUCUUGAGUUUGAGACGCCGAAGGACUGGACAGGUUUGAACUUUAGAGAGAUUAUGGAGGAUGUUGAGAAGAUCAAAGGCACGGGAAACAGGCUCUUCAAAGAAGAAAAGUUUGAACUUGCGAAGGCAAAGUAUGAGAAGGUGCUUCGUGAGUUUAAUCAUGUUAAUCCACAAGAUGAUGAGGAAGGAAAAGAGUUUUCGAAUACAAGAAAUCUAUUACAUUUAAACGUGGCCGCAUGCUUUCUUAAAAUGGGAGAAUGCAAAAAGUGCAUUGAAGCAUGUAAUAAGGUAUUGGAUACAAACCCUAUUCAUGUGAAAGCUCUUUAUCGUCGUGGAAUGGCCUAUAUGUCAGCUGGAGAUUUUGAUGAAGCAAGAAAUGAUUUUAACAAGAUGAUGAGCGUUGACAAGUCAUCCGAAUCCGAUGCAAGGGCAGCCCUUCUUAAACUGAAACAAAAAGAGCAGGAAGUUGAGAGGAAAGCCCGGAAACAGUUUAAAGGACUGUUUGACAAGAAGCCUGGGGAAAUUUCUGAAGUCGGAACCAUUGAUAGGGAAGAGGAUCAGGUUUCAGGAGAAAGUCAUGAGAAAGGUGAUCAAGAUGCUCGAGAUGGGGAUAAUGAGGAGCAACAUCAUGAGCCUCCUCGUGUGAGUUUCAUGUCGCAGUUGUGGCCUACUGGUAGAAGACUAUUCAGAGCACUUGGGCUAGAAAGAUGUACCAUACUAUGAGUUUCCAGUCUAAUUAAUGUUACAGAAAUAGAGGCACCUAGCCCUUAACAUUUUUCCAAUUGUUCCAAUUAGAAGAAUAUGAAUAACAGUGUAAUCCUACCCCUUGUUGCUGGAGAGAGAGAGAGAGAGAGAGAGAGAGAGAGAGAGAGGUUGAUUUUGUUGGAAAAAAGGAUUUGUACACAAAUUUUUACAAGAAAUUCUACCAAAAUGAUGUGGUUAUGACAUUUUUAAAAUAAUAAGUCACCUUGAUGGAGUGUUGUGUUGUUAUUUUGUUCUCA